AAAUAGUUAGUUGCUUUUUCCUUAAAAAUUGAGGAAAUCUAUCCCAUGAAAGAAAUAACCUGAAAGAAAUACCAAAAUUAUUUGUAAAUUCAAAUAGUACAAAUAUUGUGUAAUAUUUUAUGUAAGUCUAAAAGUUGUUUGUAAAUUCAAAUAGUACAAAUAUUAUGUAAUAGUAAAAAUAUUUUAUGUAAGUCUAUUAAGAAAUAUUGGGCUAUGUUUAUAAGUAUUACCUGAAGCAAAAGUUGUUUGUAAAUUCAAAUAGUACAAAUAUUAAUAUUUUAUGUAAAUCUAUGAAGCAAUAUUGCUACAUCUCUGUUUAAAAAUAUUAUCCGUUUAAUAUUAAAUAACAAAGACAAAAUGAUAUGUAGAAGGUAAUGUUUUUGAAUAUAGCUCUAUAUAAUCAAUAAUAUCAAAUAGAAGAUUAAUGAAAUUAGAGUUUUAUAUGCAGAAUUUAUUCCAUUGUGAUAACAAUAACUUAAAUGUGUGAUAAUAAACCUGCCAGAUAAUACAUCAAAUAAAGCAUAAGUUAAAGCAAGUUAUAACAAUAAUUAACAAGGAUAAAUGGCAGACGGGGAGGUACGGGUGCGUACUUUGGCUACAUUCAAUACAGAAUAUCCAGCUGAUACAAUAGAAUGGUGCCCUGUAGAGCCAUUUCGAAAUAUAUUAGCAUGUGGGACAUAUAAAUUAGACAAAAGUAUACAGGACACGAGUUCGAGAGCAUACAAACAGGGACGAAUUUACUUGCUUCGUGUGAUAGAUGGUGGAAAAUUAGAAUUGUUGCAAACAUUGCAUACCGCAGCCGUGUUGGACAUGAGAUGGUUACAAGUCGUAGAUUCCAUAGAGAGUCGAACAUUGCUUGCCGUCGCCGAUUCCGCUGGAUAUUUAAUAAUUUAUCAGCUGAACAGUGAGGGAAGUCAACCGGAAUUGAAGUUUAUUACCAAAUCGAAAGUCAGUGACAAUGAAAAUGUCAUGGCAUUAUCUUUGGAUUGGUCGACAGAAAAAUAUUCCACUUCCAAUCCUCUGUUCAGUCCACAUAUUAUUGUAAGCGAUACUGCAGGACAAGUCUCUCAUUUUACAUGGCGCGAUACAGGUGACCUAAUGAAAAAUUUCACAUGGCCUGCACAUGAAUUCCAGGCAUGGAUUGCUGCCUACGAUUAUGACUGUAGCAAUCUUUUUUAUACCGGAGGUGAUGAUAGCAAGUUUUUAGGAUUCGAUACCAGGACAAAAUUAAGUACACCCACAUUUUGUAAAAAAGAUCAUACUGCCGGAGUCACUAGCAUCCAUAACAAUGUUAAUAAACCAUUUUUGCUUGCGACUGGAAGUUAUGAUCACAUAAUGAGGCUGUGGGACAAGAGGUAUUUCAUGCAACCAAUAUCGACGGUGAAUCUCAAAGGUGGAAUUUGGCGAUUGAAAUGGGAUCCGUUUACUCGGCAAUAUCUACUCGCUGCAUGUAUGUACAACGGAUUCAAGAUAGUUCUUAAUGACAUGCUAUUAUCCGUCGUUGCCGAAUACAACGAGCACCAAAGUAUAGCAUAUGGUUGCGACUGGUCAUUCCUGAAACAACAAGAUGUCUUGAAUCUAAAUAUACCUGAUGGAGAAACCUUGAUAAGUACUUGUUCCUAUGAAGAUUGUAGCCUCAAGAUAUCCGUGGUCAACUUCUGGCCAGGAAAAUGGGAUAUUGAACAAUACGAUUCUACUUACCGGUAAUGAUUUAGACGAAAAUAGAUAAAACAAUCAUAUUUUCAAAUAUGACUGUUUUCAAAUAUGAUGUGGUAACGAAACUUAGAAAAUUAAUAUACGAAAUGCCAAUUUACACAAUUUGCAUUAUAUAAAAAUUUAUAUAAAAAUUUGAAUGACAAUAUUUGUAUCAAAUUGUAGCAAAAUAAUUAUAUUUAUAAAUUGAAUUUUUUUUUACAUUUUUUCUUUUAAUAAAUUCAAUUAAUUUUUUUA